AUGAACGUAUCUGCUCUCUUGACUUCUGCUGGUAUCAAUACGGCCGUAUGUGUGGGUUUAUUUUCUUUGUACUCUGUCCUAAGGAAACAACCGAGCCUUGUGAGUGUGUAUUUUGGGCAGAAACUUGCUCAAGCAGAUUCAAGACGCCAUGAUCCCUUUUGGUUUGGGAGGCUUAUUCCUUCUGCUAGUUGGAUAGUGAAGGCAUGGGAAGCCUCCGAGGAUGAAUUGUGUGCCACUGGGGGGGUGGAUGCUGUGGUAUUCAUGCGUGCAGUCGUUUUCAGCAUUAGAGUAUUCACUGUUGCUGCUAUUGUAUGCCUGUUUCUUGUUCUUCCACUUAAUUAUUUUGGGAAAGAUAUGGAUCACAAGCAAAUUCCAGAUGAACAGUUGACCGUAUUCACCAUUGGGAAUGUCAAUGAAGGAUCAAAAUGGCUUUGGGCACAUUGUCUUGCAUUGUACAUCAUAACUUGCUGCGCUUGUAUCCUUCUUUACUUUGAAUACAAGAAUAUCACAAAAAUGAGAUUGGCACAUAUCACAGCUUCUCAUUCUAAUCCAAGUCACUUCACAGUAAUUGUUCGUGCUAUUCCAUGGGUUCAUGAAGAAUCAUACAGUGAUACUGUGACCAAAUUCUUUACGGAUUUCUAUUCUUCAAGCUACUUAUCGCAUCAAAUGAUUUAUCACUCUGGUGCAGUCCAGAAAUUGAUGAGUGAUGCAGAAAAGAUGUAUAAGAUGCUCAAGGCCCCCCACAGGGAACAGUAUUGUGGAUCACGUUUCAUGAGAUGUGGCUUUUGCGGAAGCACUCCAACAUCUUUUAAGGUCCUUUCAGAAGACCGCACAAGCCCUAGAAGAGUUAGCAUCUUUGAUGGUACAGAUAUGAGGAAAAAGGAGUGUGGAGCAGCUAUGGUUUUCUUCAGGACUCGUUAUGCUGCGUUGGUUGCUUCAGAGGCUCUUCAGUCAACAAAUGCAAUGUCAUGGGUGACAGACUCUGCUCCAGAACCAUGUGACAUUUUUUGGUCAAAUUUAUGUGUACCAUAUCGACUCCUUUGGAUCCGCAGGAUUGCAGUUAUUGUGGCCUCGAUUUUUUUCGUGACCUUCUUCCUUUUUCCUGUGGUCUUUACACAAAGUCUUGUUCAUCUCGAUAAACUUAAGAAGAUAUUUCCAUUCUUGAAGGAAGUUGUACAGAGGAAGAUAUUGGAACAGCUUAUCAGUGGAUAUCUGCCUAGUGUUGUAUUCAUCAUCUUCCUAUACAUUGUCCCACCUUUAAUGAUGUUAUUCUCUACAUUGGAGGGUGCCAUAUCUCGUAGCGGCCGGAAAAGAAGUACAUGCGUUAAAGUGAUAUACUUUGUCAUAUGGAAUGUAUUCUUUGCAAAUAUUCUAACAGAAGCUGCUAUAGACCAUUAUCAAGUUUCAAUUACCAAGUUGGGAGAUACAAAACAUAUACCAAAUUUGCUAGCCAAAGCUGUCCCAGCAACGGCAACCUUUUUCAUGACUUAUGUCCUUACAUCAGGGUGGGCAAGCUUGUCUGUCGAACUCAUUCAGCCAUUUCCUCUUCUUUGCAACUUGUUUUAUAGAUAUGUUCUUCAAAAUAAGGAUGAUACAUCUUACGGCACCUAUACUUUCCCUUACCACACAGAAGUUCCCAGAGUUCUUCUGUUUGGUCUGCUGGGUUUCACUUGCUCCAUACUUGCACCUCUAAUAUUGCCCUUCUUGUUGGUAUACUUUGUCCUUGCAUUUCUAGUCUACCGCAAUCAGUUGCUCAACGUAUACGUAACUGAGUACGAAAGUGUGGGGCUGUAUUGGCCUAUCGUGCACAACACGACCAUAUUCUCUCUAGUGCUGACCCAAAUAAUAGCUUUAGGCGUGUUUGGUCUCAAGAAGUCGCCAGUUGCAUCGGCCUUCACUUUUCCACUCAUCAUUUGUACUCUCCUCUUCCACGAGUAUUGCAGGCAAAGAUUCCACCCCGUCUUUAAAAAGAUUCCAGCAACGGUUGCUAUUGAAAUGGACCGUAAUGACGAACAGUCUGGAAGAGUGGAUGAGAUUCACCAGAAACUGCAAUCUGCUUAUUCUCAGUUCAGGCCAAAGUCCCAAACUUCAAACACGACUGUAGAACCAAAUAAUAAUACCGAGUCCAUAUCAGUCACGGUAUCUGUUGGCACCGAGAGAGAUGAUUCUUCCAGGCUUGAAGAUGUUGAGAGCAUUACACCAGGAAAGACAACCAUUGAACAAUUGAGCCGUGGUCCUAAAACGCCUAGUUGGAGUUAG